AUGAAUCAAUCACGCCAGCGGCCCGAUACAAGCAAUGCAGCGCCUAUUGGAAAGAAGCUGGACGCGUUUCGGAAUGCUUUCGGGGAAACAUGCCAGAACCUGGGCCUGGCCGUAAGCCUGGGCUCUUUAGAUUCCUUUGAUGUCCAAGACACUCAAAACUUGAUACUCAACUUGAUCUCGGCACUACGAGCUCUACCAGACACGCGGAAGCUCCCUUCAGCGAACGGGCGAAAAAACCUACUGAGUGAUCUCGUACGAGUGAAUGCUCCGAUCAGUUUUGGUGGUUUUGAGGUAAAUCAAUUCAAGUCGCUACUCAACGCAGUUUUAGAUGAGCAACCGGAUAACAUCAUCUGGGACCAACUAUAUGCUACCGUCCGCGAAUCUACACCCCCAUCAUCAGCCUUGCUCGUGCUUGACCAAACACCAUUCCUACACACAACAAGCAGCUUGGUUAACUCUUCUGAACAUCGGAGUAAUUACGACGACAUACUAGAAAAGGAGCUUGGGUCGAUCUAUAUCGGCGUACCUGGAUUCAUCGAUGCUUUCUUUGGUCAAAUAAAGGGCCUCCGGGAUAUCGCUGCGACCGUCUACGCAAGAUGCAACGGAGACCCAGAGCCGCUGUUCAAGGAAGACAAUCGUUGGAAGGAUUGGCCGGUGGAUGCUACCGAGAAGGACGUUCUGGACUGGCUGGACAGACAGGUCCGUCUUCUUCAUGACCUUGCGGUCGAAGCUGGGUUUCCUAGAGUUACAACUCGUGCAAUCUUGGCGCAGCCAAAUCAACCUUUGCGAGGAUCAAAAGCCGAUCGAAAGCUUAAUGUUGGGUUUGUUCAAAGAAACGGUAAGACCAAUUACAGCUGGUCAGAUGUCAUGGUGUUGGGCAAAUUGAAAAGCAACCCAAAGGCAGAUACUGCGUCGAGGACGUGGCACGAUCUAGGUCGUUAUGCAAGGGAGGUGCUAACAGCCCAAGAUACAAGGCUGUUUGCAUUUGGAUUCUCGUUGUGUGGUUCAAUUAUGCGCUUAUGGGAGUUCGACCGCGUUGGGGUCAUCGCUUCUUCACCAUUCGAUAUCAAUCAAGACGGACAACAGUUUGUCCUGUCCAUGCUGGGUUUUUUGUAUAUGAAUCACACACAGCUGGGGUUUGACCCUACUGUCAUUACGUCCUCCAAUGGUAGACGAUAUGUACAAAUUAUGCGUGACGGCCAGAGCGAACGCCUUGUGAUUGAUAAACUUCUGCGGCGCGCCCAAUGCGUUGCUGGCCGGGCCACAAUCUGUUGGAAAGCUCACCGCGAAGGUGAUGAGACGAACAUACCACUAGUGGUCAAAGACUCCUGGCAGUAUCCAGAGCGCGAUGAAGAAGGCAAACUUCUAUGUGAAGCAGCAGCAAAGGGAGUAAUAAAUGUGGCUCGGUAUUACUCACACGAAACAGUCCAGAUCGACGGAAGAAAUGACGAUGUCCGUGACAACAUUCGCCGGGGGCUUGAUGUGAGGAAAGCUGCAAAUUACCAGCCGACACGCUCUGAGGAGUCACCGGCUGCGAACGCAGCGGACACGGUAAGUACGGGCCGUCCGACGAACACGGUAGGCCGCAAAAGAUCAUCCAGCCGUGCUGGCGCCGGUCAGCCAGCUAGUAAACGCACCUGUCUAGGCUCCCCUUCGAAACGCGCGAACCUUGAUGUGCCAAAUCGGGUUCAUCGUCGUGUUGUCGUACGUGAUUACGGAACGCCUAUAUACAAGGCCAGAUCACCUAUUUCUAUGCUCUCCGCGCUAGAAAGUUGUAUACAAGGCUACAGGUCCUUGCAUAUGGAGGCUGGGUUGUUGCAAGGUGAUAUCUCAACGGGUAAUCUGAUUUUGAAUAAAGAAGAAGAAAACCCAUCUUGGCCAGGUUUUCUCACUGAUCUGGACCUUGCCAUCAGAGAACAGCGAGAAAGGCCCUCCGGGGCGAGAGCCAAGACGGGGACACGGGCUUUCAUGGCGAUAGGUCUUCUACUGGGCGAGAGGCAUUCCUUUAUGCACGACCUAGAGUCCUUCUUUUGGGUUAUUCUUUGGAUAUGCAUACAUUAUGAUGGGCCCAAUGGUAGCCGAGUUGUGCCUAGUUUCGACAGCUGGAACUACGCGAAUGUGAGAGACUUGGCUGUCAUGAAACUCGGGAUUGUGGCUAAGGAAUCCAUUUUCCUCGAAGUCGCUACAGACAAUUUCACUCCCCAUUACGAGGCUCUCAUUCCAUGGGUAAACCGGCUGCGGAAGGAGGUCUUUCCACUGGAUAAACCGUGGGAAGAGGAAGACCACGGGCUCUAUGAAAGAUUUCAAAACGUGCUCAGCCAGGCGCGAGAAGAUCCAUUAAUCCGAUAG